GCCAACGCAUUUUUGCGCUUCCCAGCUGCGGUUUUACUUUUGUAACGGAAAGAGUAAGCGCCCGUGUGCCUGUGAAAAGUCAAUUGUUCCUGUUGAAAAGAAGGCACAACAACUUCAACCAUGGUGCGAACGAAAGUAUCGCGCAUCGGGGCCAAGCGCGGACAAAACAGUUCCGAUACGAAGCUCUUCAUCGAGAUGAAACUGCGGGACUUUGAUGUCAUCGCCGAAUGCCACAUGACAAACAUCGAGCUCAAGUAUCAGAACGAGAUGGAUAAGCUAAAUCGUGCGUUUGAGGUGUUGCGAUCGCGCAUUCCCAAGAAUCUGCUCUCCAUGACGAUGAGCGAGCUGCGGCUGUUGCAAACGGCAACGGAUGAUCUGAACACGUCGGCCCCUGCCAACCAAACGAUCAGCGCAAACAUGAGCGCGCUGCUGGAGAAGUCGUGCCGGAAAAAGUCCAAAGACGACGGUUACCUUACAGAGGAAAGCGAACAAGGCGAUACGUUCCGCGUUGGUGGAACGCUAAAGACGAACGGAAAACCCCGCCUAAUGGGACCACUGAUGUCGGCCAAGAUACGACGGCGAAGCCAAUCGGCCGGUGCCGCCAUCACGACUCCGCACGCCAACCGAUCCCUGUUUCCGGUCGCGCAGAGUGCCAUCGUGGGUAAGACGCAUAUUUCGGGACCCGGAUCGACGCUCAAACCGAUCCCAUCCACUUCGGAGCGUGUUUCGCGUGCAAAACACAAGACACCGAUGAUCGGACGUCCGAAAGCGAUCAGUGCCGAUCGGGGAUAUGGGGUGAUCACGCCCAAAGUACAACCCUACACACCGCUCGCACUGAUCCGGCAUGCCAAGCUGGGCGAGUCGGUCUUCUCGCUCACUGGUAGCCCCGUCGUUACGUCCAACAUGCUUGAAGCGACGGCCAACGUUAACAUUCCCGUCGCGAACGGAAUGCUAUCGAUUAGACCAACGGAGAUGGAUGUCGUGGAUGAAUCACUGGUGCGCAAGAUCGACCCGAACGUGCUGAUGGAGAUCAAGCAAUUGCAAUCGAACUUGGAAAAGAUUUUGAACACGUUCGAUCUGGGCGACUGAUUGGACAAAAACCGGGAAUCCCCAUUACUCUUUUUUCUCACUAGUACUUUUUAGUACUUGCUUUCAAAUCACCGCUGUGGUGGUUGUAUUAGUCUUAAUUUCGAUAGCUCUAUGUAUUUCAAACGAUCAAUAAACCUACCCUGGAGUAAAGGGAAGUAUAUAGCUUAA